AAAGAAUAUCAUGUGUGUAAUAUAAAUGUUUACGUUACCCUCUCAUAACGUUUUGGAUUCACUUUCAGACGUUUCUUCAAGUGAUGAAGAGGAAGAAAAAAAUAAUCACAAUGUCAGCAGUUCAGAUGGUGAAAUGGUUAUGCCGUCUCAGCGUUUCGCCCCUGUCAGAUUAACUGAGGUCCUGAGGAAAAGAAAUAAAAUUGCUAAAAUACGAUACGAUAGUAGUAAAAUAUUACCUAAAUAUUGGAAAAGGAGAUAUGAUCUUUUCGAAAGGUUUGAUGAGGGUGUCCAACUUGAUGAAGAGUCAUGGUACAGUGUUACACCUGAAUGUAUUGCCCGUCGGCAAGCCAAGGCAUGCGCGUGCGAUUUUUUGGUGGAUGCUUUUGCAGGGGUUGGAGGAAAUACAAUACACUUUGCUCAGAACUGUGGACUUGUUUUAGCCAUUGAAAAUUGUUUCCCACGUUUAUUAAUGCUACAAAACAAUGCUGGAAUCUACGGUGUUCUACCCAAGAUUAUGCUGGUUUGUGGAGAUGUUGAAACAAUUUUGAACAGUCUGAGAUGCACUCAAUCACCUAUCAAUCCUUCUACAAAUACUAAUGGUAAUAAUCAUGAUACCAUGGGCACUGAAAAUUCAGACGAGAAGUGUAUUGUUAGAACUAGUUUCGAGAUGACUUCAAAUCCCUCCGAGAAUUCCACAUCAAAUCCACAAGAGAAUGGUGAAUCAUCUGUAAAUCCUCCUGAAACAUCCAUUCCUGUAGAAGGUGAUGCUUCUUUCGCAUCAGACAUAAAUACAGCUGAAACUCCACAUGUACUACAACAGUUGGAUAAUGAAGCGUCUUCUUCGAAGUCCGAUUCAGAAUUAAAUCAAAAUAUUGAAAGCAUUACGUCAAAAGAAGGUGAAGAGAAGUCAGCGCCUUCAAUUAUCGAUGUGAUAUUUAUGUCUCCACCAUGGGGUGGUCCUGGUUACACAGGAAAAGUUUUCCCCCCUGGUUCUACCAGUUGGAAUAGAAAAAAACGUAAAAAUUGGUUGGCUGAUUUUGAUGAAAUUGAACCGACUAAAAAUCUUGGCGAUAUCUUACUCCUUAAUAAAGCUUUGAGUGCUGCACGACAUGCAUGCAGCAGAAUUUUAUUAUAUCUUCCGAGAAAUUCUUCUAUUGGUCAAUUAAUUCAAUUGAGUUGGCCAUUACAUCAGGAGGAGGAGGGAUUAUGCAAUGGACGUCUUGGUAAUUGUUCUUCUUGUAAACAAUAUCUUAAUGUACAUAUUGAAAGUUAUUGUUUACGAGGUAGACAAUUAGCACUUGGUUUGUACUUGGGUGAUUUUCCAUUCCUUGAAAAGGAUAUUAUUGUGUACAAUAAAGAUACUUAAAUAA